CGGCGUAGCUCCGUCGCCUAGCAACGCCGUCUCCCCGGCAACGGUCUCGGGCCCAGUGAGGCCUAGCGGGGCUGGUGACGCCGCUGGGAUGAUGAUGGAGGAGGAGGAGGAGGAGGAGGCCGCGGGGGCCGAGGAGAGCCUGGAGGAGACGGAGGCGGGGGCCGCGGCGGAGGCCCCCGGGGAGCGGGAAGGGUCCGGGGGCGCGGCGAGCGGAGGGGCCGCCAGCGCCGCAGGAGAGGCCCCUCCGCAGCGCAUCCGCGUCCCCAACAUCAACUCCGACGACCCCCAGGAGCGCAUCGCCGCCAGGCGCCUCCGCAUCGCAGCGCGCCUCGAGGCCAAGCGCAGGGAGGCCCUUGGGGAAGACGCUGAAGCGAAGAAGCUGGUGGAGGAAGAGCAGAGCAGGAGCCGCAAGCAGACGGAGGAGAGCCGGCAGAGAUUGGCCAAGCUGUUGCUGGAUGGCACAGAGCUAGUGACCAACAUCCAGGUGGCAGCUGAUGCUCGGGAGGCACAUCGGAGGUCAGAGGAGGAGGAACUGACGCGGCAGAGAGUGGAGAAGCUGGAGAAUGAAGCCAAGGGCAACCAGGACAAGUUUGACGAGAUUACCUCCAAGUGGGCAGCUGCCCGGGAGAAGACCAUCCCUCAGGAUCUGUGGGAGGCACUCAACCAGCAGCAGCAGCUCUGCGCGCUGCUGAUCGAAGAGAAGAACAAGCUGAUUGGCGAACUGCAGCAGGAGCUGAAGUCCAAAGAUGACCAGUACGUGAAGGAUCUCAGGAGGCAGGCGGAAGACAUUAACCUGUUGCUGGAGCGAAUGGAGGAGCAGAUCCGAAACCUCAUCAAAAACUACCGCCGAGAGCUCCUGAUGAUUGAGAAAGCCUUCGAAUUGGAGCGCCGUGAACUCCUCACAAACAAUAAGAAGAAAUGGGAGCAAGGCAUGCAGAAUCUCAACCUGCAGGAGUUGGAGUUCAUGAUGGCCCGCCUGAGGAAAGUGGAGGAGUACGAGCGGGAGCUGAACCAGUUGCGGGUGCAAGAUGCUGAAGAAUACAAUGUUAUCAAGAUCAAGCUGGAGCAUGAUGUGGAGAUCCUGGAGCAACAGCUGCAACAAAUGAAAGCCAUCUACCAGCUGAACCAGGAGAAACUGGAGUACAACUUCCAGGUGCUGAAGAAGCGGGAUGAUGAGAAUACCAUUAUCAAAUCCCAACAGAAGCGGAAGCUCAACCGACUCCAUGAUGUGAUCAACAACCUGCGCCUGAAACUGGCCAGACAGAUCAAGCAGUACCGUGAGGAGAACCAGACCCUGACUGCGGACUACAAGCGGAUUGUGGUGCAGUACAAGGACCUGCAGAGGACGAUGAGACAUUUUGCCAUUGUGGAUGCGGAGCACUUCCUGGCAGUCUGGCUGAUGAACGAAGAAGAGGCCAAGCAGCUGAUCCGCAAAGCCUUUAAUGCUGACAGUGUCAUCCAUGCCCAGCAGCUGGGAUUGCACUGGAUUGAGCCUGACAGCUGGUUCCUGCACAAUGUGGGGCCCAUUGUGCAUUGCAAGAAGGUGAAAUCAGCUAACGAGUUCGCCCAGGAGGUGUUCAAGUCUGAAUCAAGCAAAUCGCCCCAGGAGGCUUCUUCCCCAUCUGUGGGAAGCCCAGAUGAAGAGAAGGCCCCAUCCCCCAAGGAGAAAGGGAAAGAGACCCCAGAGGCUGAGCCAAGGAUCAAGGCACUCUGGUCCCUCUCAGCAAAGACCAUCAAACACAUCCUGGAGCUUCUGUGUGACGAAUCGGGCUUCCUGAUUGAAAGCAAGCUGCGGAGCCUUCUCCAGCCCUUGGAGAAGGCUGACCGCACCCUCAUGAAACUGGACUCCAUCUUCUCAGCCCUCUCAAUUGACAGUGAAGAGGACGUCUAUCAAAUGACAGAGUUCUUCCUGAGUUUCAAGGCUCAACGGGUCAAAACUGAUCAGGACAUGGAAGCACUAGUGGCAGACCUAGGUGCUGAAGAAGAAUGCCCAGAGGGAGAAGAAACAGAGGCUGCUGCUUCCGAAGAAGAAGCCUCUGCUGUGCUCGAAGAGGAAGUCAAAGGCCCUGUUGGCUCAGCAGUGCCCCUCUCAACAGCCUAUAUGCACCCCAACGACAUCCUCAAGGCCCUUAAAGCUUUUGUGCGGGAAUUCCAGAAGCAAAGGGAUAAACGCCCCCCAGUGAAGAAAGCCCGGGAAGAGCGGGACAGCUCCAAAGACUCAGAGUACUGGGACGCACUGGCCCACAUCAUUCCAGAUGGGAAACUGAAGUUGUGGGAUGCACUGAUUGUUGGCCUGCAGAAGUAUUACCACAUUCUGACUCAGAGGGCAAAGCUGAUUGCCGAAACGGAUGGAUUGCACCAGCAGAACAGAGAACUUCGGAUGUUGCUCCAGCAAUAUCUCCAGUCUCCGGUGAAUGCGGAGCUGCUUAUCCCGCCCACCCACUUACUGAAUCUGCAGCUUAAUUCUUCAUGACCUGCUCCUCCGCAGGAGGUUUGGGGGCUGCUUCACUCCCCAGAAUCCUCUCAACCUUGCCUGGUCCAUGAGAAGGAGCCAUUCCAGUAGGCCUGGAUGAACUCUGCAGAGCCAACAGUGAGGACACACUGGUUUACCAGAUUUCUCCCCACAUUGGAUUGGAGUGGCUGUUGGCGCAACAUAUCAGUGAGUGUGUCCUACCUUGGACUGAGUCACCCAGUUCUAUCCUUGCAUUGCAAUGUUAACAUGUGGACAGGGACUUCUCUGGGAACUGGGGCAUAUAAAACGUGUCUCACAAACAUCCUAACACAUACCUGAAGGGGUUUUGGAGUGCCCUGAAAAAUCUUCAUUUGGCAUGUUUCAGACAGCCGACAAAAUAAAGUACUGUCCUCCAGAAAUGCUCUCUAGAGCAGAAACCAGACACCUUUGUUAGUCUGGACAGGAACCUUCAGAAAGAUAUUUGUGUAUGUGAAGUAAGACAAAUAAAUGGUUCAUUGUGA